GACACGCACCGGUUAUCCGACAAGUGUGAACAGGAGCGAUGACGCUGCAGUGAAGGAGCUCGCUCUACCAGCUGCUGAGCCUCAGCGAGUCUUGACGGUUGCUCCACCUCCUCCGCCCUGAAGCUCCGUCACCGCGCCGAAGAGGCAGAUUCUCCAGAGCGAGCGAGCGCACAGGAGGUGGACCCGAACCCCGAGGAGAAGAAGCGACGAUGGCUGAAAACAAGAUGGGCCCGAACCUCCAGGCUGGAGCUGGCUUCCUCGCCAAACGAGUCCAGAAGUCUCUGAAUCGAGCUCAGGAGAAGGUCCUCCAGAAACUUGGCAAAACCAUGGAGACCAAAGACGAGCAGUUUGAGCAGUGUUUCACGAGCCUCAACAAGCAGCAGGUCGAUGGAAUCAGGUUGUUCAAAGACGUCAAAGCCUACCACACAGCAGUGAAAGCCGUGCAUGAGACGUCCAAGCGGCUGUCCCAGACGUUGCAGGACAUCUAUGAGUCAGACUGGAACGGCGUGGAGGACCUGGCUGUCAUCACCGAGAGUGAAGACCUGCUAAGGAACGACUAUGAAGAGAAACUGAGUGACCAGAUUGUCCGCACAAUGGAGAACUACACGAGCCAGUUCCCUGAGGUCAAGGAGCGAGUUGCUAAACGCGGACGCAAGCUUGUGGAUUACGACUCAGCACGUCACCACCUGGAGGCGCUGCAGAGUGCGAAGAAAAAGGAUGACGCCAAAAUAGCAAAGGCAGAAGAGGAGUUUAACAAGACCCAGAGUGUCUUUGAAGAGAUAAAUAACGAGAUGAGGGAGGAACUGCCUGUUCUCUAUCAGAGCCGUAUAGGUUGCUACGUGACAGUUUUCCAAAACGUAUCAAACCUGAGGGACGUCUUCUACAAGGAAAUGAGCGUGCUGAACCGUGAGCUUUACAAUGUGAUGAAGAAACUGGAGACUCAACACUCAGGGAAAGCUUUCAUCAUCAAGGGCCUGAACAGUACGGCAGGCAAGUCGAAGAAGAGAAAAUCCCUGGUUAUCUCCAAUCCCAUACCCUGCAAUACUGCGUUCCCAGCUGACCAUGUCUCCCUACACCCCUCCACCGAAAACGGAAAAGACGGCGAGCCCUCUUCCCUCCCUGCUCAACAGACCCAAAGCAACUCUGAAGAAACCAGCCAACCAGAAGAGGGCAGCGUCUCCUCCAAAGACAUCAACUCGUCAGACUCAGAUCUCAGCUCCAGCGGCACCAACACACCCCACAGGCAGUCGGUGUGUGAAAAUGAGAACAGUGACAGGAGCACAGGGGGUCAGAGCCUGGAAGAGGUGGAGGAGCAGGAGGUGGCUGAAGCAGAAGCAGAGCUUGCUGGGAACCAGUCGGACGACUCAGGAGUGGGAGUGCCAAAGUUGGAGGCGGUGAGCCAGGAGGUGUCCAAUCCCUCUGAUUCUGCAGACAGUGAUGCCUCACACACUCCUGAGCAGGAGACGCUGAUGGAACAACCAUCAGAGGAGGUCACGCCCAAACCGGCACCGGUUCCUGCUCCUCGCCUCUCGUUCCGCUGCACUGACAGACCCCCUCUCCUAACUGCUGACCAGCAGGAGGAGACACAAGAAGCAACAUCCGACCAGGAGACAGCAGAAUCUAAAGAUGUCUCCAGUUCCCACAGUCCACCUGGCUUCUUGUACAAGGGGGUGGCGCUAGAGAGCCAUGCAGCAUCUGAAGAGGGCCUUCUCCAGUUUGAACAGGGAGACGUCAUCCUGGUACUUGCUGACACUCAACUGCAAGACGGCCUGGUGAGGGGGAUCAGGGAGGAGAGCUGGAACCAGCACACAGAUCUAGAAAAUCACUCUGGGAUCUUCUCGGAAAAACUCAUCCAGCCCGUUCAGCCAGAAUGAGGCAAUGGUUACUCCUCCGUCUGAAAAACGUUAUUCUCUCUCUCUCUCUCUCUCUCUCUCUCUCUCUCUCUCUCUCUCUCUCUCUCUCUCUCUCUCUCUCUCUCUCUCUCUCUCUCUCUCUCACACUCACACAAAUGGAGGGAGUGAACCCAUGUGAUUUGGGUGCAGAUCCUGUAUAAACAGAUGAGCGAGUCCCACAGGAUUACUCGUGUGCUAAGAUGUUGCAACAUGUGGAACAAAAGUGAAUGAGCUGCAGAACAUUUUGUAAGAGAUGUUUGUAAAAGUUACAGUAUUGACAGUAUUUUACUCUUUUUGUAUUUUAAAUGUCUUUCUAUGAAACACUGUGAAAAGCUUUUUUAAAUUGAUUCUUUAACCUUGUGUAAAAUUUCCAAAUAAAGUUCUAAAUAAAAAAGGAGGAUGUGACUGUGA